AUGAGUGGCGGUGGUGGUGGCGGGUGUUCCUGCGGUUGUGGAACACCACAGCCGCCGAGCUGUGGAUGCCAGCCAGCGUGUCCACCGCCUGCAUGCCCAGUCUGCCCACCGCCUCCACCUUGCCCACCUCCGCCAACUGCCUACUGUCCGCAAGUGCAGCCAGUUUAUGUGCCCUCAUGCUCUGGUGGAGCUUGUGGAGGAUGCGGAAGCGGCGGAGGAUGCGGCGGAGGCGGUGGUUGUGGUGGAGGUGGUUGUGGUGGUGGUGGUGGUGGUGGCGGCGGAGGAUAUUCUGUAGGAGGCGGUGGCGGCGGAUAUUCCAUCGGUGGAGGUGGCGGUGGUUACGCUCCACCUCAAGCUCCGCCACCAGCCGCAGGUUACGCUGGAAGUGCUCCUCCACCGCCACCACCACCUCAGGCAGCAUAUUCCGCUGGAGUUGGCGGCGCUUCCAAUUCGUAUCGCGGAGCUGCCGCUCAAGGUGCCGUUGCUGCCGAAGUCAACGAGGAUGGUUCAGCUCCUCCGGUUGAUCAGGUGUUCAAAGAGCCGUGCCAAGCACCAGUGAAAUAUAUCAUGUUGCGACCGAGAAAAAAUCCUGAAACCGGACAAACUGAAUUUGUUGAAGAGGAAUUGGACCAAGUCGAAAACCCUACUCAUGUUGAAGCCACUGCUUCUCCUCUUGACACUGCUCUAGGAGACGAAAUUGCAGCGCAAGAGGCGGCCAAUACAGAAGAGGGAAACGAGUUUAAAGCACGUGGAACAAAAACGGCAUUGACGGAUGAAAAAUGCAAUAGUAAAGAACUUCAGAAGCUCAACAUUGUCAAUAAUGACGCUUUAGCGUCCAAGAAAGCAAUCCAUGAAGAAGCUCUAGCGCAAUUCACAGAUAGCACAGUUGAUGUGAUUUGCUCAACAACAGGAUUCACUUAUCUCGUCUCCACUACCGAGCAUUGCGAAGCUCAAAAAGAUGGUGUCAUUUGUUUCGUGUACAAGCGCCCGCUAUAA